UGUCAUUGUUUUGUUGCGGCUGGUUUUUGUAAAAACACGCGAAAUUUGUGCAAUAAAAUAUCAAAAUGCCGAAGAAGAAGCCCUUGCCCGACCUCUCGAAAGAGGAGAAAAUGGUGAUCGUGAUAUCGGAGAUAAUACAAGAGCUGCAGGCGGCUCAUCGACAGGGGAAAGAUGUUAACCUUAACAAAAUGAAGACCAGGAUCUCGUCGAAGUAUGGUCUGGAUACGUCGCCAAGAUUGGUGGAUAUCAUAGCAGCUGUGCCGUCGGAUGCGAAGAGUUACUUGUUGCCUAAGCUGAAAGCGAAGCCAAUACGUACGGCAUCAGGGAUUGCGGUAGUGGCUGUUAUGUGUAAGCCGCAUCGCUGCCCACACAUUAAUUUUACGGGCAAUAUCUGCGUAUACUGCCCUGGUGGGCCAGAUUCGGAUUUCGAAUACUCUACGCAGAGUUAUACCGGCUAUGAGCCGACGUCCAUGCGAGCUAUAAGGGCUCGUUAUAAUCCAUAUCUGCAGACGCGUCACAGGGUGGAACAACUGAAGCAGUUGGGUCACAGUGUUGAUAAAGUGGAGUUUAUUGUUAUGGGUGGCACCUUUAUGAGCUUGCCGGAGGACUAUAGGGACUAUUUUAUCAGGAAUCUCCAUGAUGCACUAUCUGGCCACACUUCAGGUAGUGUUGCCGAGGCUGUCAAAUACUCGGAGAAGGCCAAAACCAAGUGCAUUGGUAUCACUAUUGAGACCAGGCCAGAUUACUGUCUGCAACGCCACAUGACUGACAUGCUUAACUAUGGUUGCACUAGAUUGGAAAUAGGCGUGCAGUCUGUAUAUGAAGACAUUGCCAGGGACACCAACAGGGGUCACACAGUCAAAGCUGUGUGUGAGAACUUCAACUUGGCCAAAGACGCUGGUUUUAAGAUCGUCGCACACAUGAUGCCCGACCUGCCAAACGUCGAUCUCGAUCGCGACGUGGAACAAUUCAAGGAAUUUUUCGAGAACCCAGCGUUCAGAGCCGAUGGUCUCAAGAUAUACCCCACUCUAGUGAUUAGGGGAACUGGUCUAUAUGAACUGUGGAAGACGAAGCGCUACAAGAGCUACCCGCCAUCCACGUUGGUGGAUCUCAUUGCUAAAAUACUCGCUUUGGUGCCGCCGUGGACUAGGGUUUAUAGAGUACAACGCGACAUUCCGAUGCCGCUAGUAUCCUCUGGGGUGGAACAUGGCAAUCUCCGUGAGCUAGCUUUACAGCGCAUGGCUGAUAUGGGCACAGACUGUAGAGACGUUAGGACCAGGGAAGUGGGCAUACAGGAGAUACACAACAAAGUACGACCGUAUGAGGUGGAACUGGUCCGCCGUGACUACGUAGCGAACGGUGGCUGGGAGACGUUCCUCUCUUACGAGGAUCCCGAUCAGGACAUUUUGGUUGGUCUCUUGCGUCUGCGCAAGUGUGCCAAAGACACGUAUAGACCUGAACUGAAGCCCGGCAAGGAUGCCAACUUCAAGCAGUGUAGUAUUGUGCGCGAGCUGCAUGUUUACGGGUCUGUUGUGCCGGUGAACGCUCGCGAUCCAACUAAGUUCCAGCACCAGGGUUUCGGUAUGCUGUUGAUGGAGGAAGCUGAACGUAUAGCGGUCGAGGAACACGGCUCUGACAAGAUGGCUGUCAUUUCCGGAGUUGGAACUAGGAAUUAUUACGCGAAGAUUGGAUACCACCUCGAAGGACCAUAUAUGGUCAAAUCAUUGGCCUAAACGUUUUAAAAAUAAAUGUUGUGAAUUUGAA